AUGGGAGCUCCCAUUGCAUUACCUCUUUCAAAUACCAAUGCUACAACACCUAAAAAGAAGAAAAUGCCAUCUCAAUUGAUCAUGGCUUUCGUUAUCGGCUUCUUUUUUAUCUGCUUCUUUGGUGUUGAUACAAUGUAUCGCCGUAGCAGUGCACUCUGUGACAAUGCAUGUGAUUUCUCAGUAUCAUCUUCAUCACUACCUGACGAUACAACCAUAACGCCAAUUGAAGUUGACGACACUAUUAUAAUGCCACCCAAGCCCAAGUCAUAUCCAUACACCAUUGUUACUGCAUCCAGUGCCAACCAUUUAUGCGCACUUGAAAGCUUCUUGUACUCAUUGAACGACUUGCGACCCGAAGUGGAUGAAUUCCCUCGUAUCGUUGUUUACAACAUUGGCAUGAAUCGUACUCAGCUACCAGUGUUGGACCAACUUGUAGCCCAUGGCCUUAUUGACGAGCUUGUCACCUUUGACUACUUCCGAUAUCCACGCUUUUGGGAUGUAGCCAUUGCCGCUGGUGAAUACGCAUGGAAGACCGGCAUCGUUUAUGAAGUCGCUCAAAAGUAUCCCGAUGAUGUUCUUGUUUGGUUGGAUGCAGGCAACAUGGUCACUGCCGACUUCUUAAAACAUGCACCCGAACUUGUAAAAAGCCAUGGUGGUUUUUGGUCGCCACGAAGCUCAACACGCAUGAGUCGCUGGACCCAUCCAGGAAUGUUUGAGUACUUUGGCGAGAACCCAGCUGACUAUGGUCGCUACAGCAAUUGCAAUGGCGCAGCUGUUGGCUUUGAUUUGACGAAUGCCACCGCUCGUGCAAUUGUUGACACUUGGUUUUCGUGUGGUCUAGACAAGCGUUGUAUUGCUCCACCAGGUUCUUCACGUGCCAACCAUCGUCAAGAUCAGGCUGUGCUUACCUAUCUCGCUUACAAGAAUGGAUUCGAAUGCACACGCUAUCCUGCUCGUUACCAUGGUCUUCAAAUUCAUCGUGAUGUAGCAUGUGCUGCUAAUCUCCUUGAGCGUGAUGUACAAGGCAACCUUCAUCAUCCAUCGGCUGUUGAUUAUCCAAAAUGGCAACGAUCGGAUACUCUCCAAUUAUACAAUCAUCCAGAAUGGCGCUAUCCAGAAGAUCAAGUCCCAGAACACAUUGCACAAUUAAUGCAUCCCCCUGUCUAG